AUGAAUGUUUUCUUUUUUUGACGUAUGCAUAGACAGUUGGUUUCACAUCCUGGGCUCGUGGCACGUGCCAAAAAUAGACGACGGUUUCUCGUGUUAAAUACAACGUUGGGGGUGCAACGACAUUCUAACAUUGUGAACGAACUCAUGAAACAUCCUCAGUUCAUCCAAAGUAUCUCGUUGUCACGGUUCUAAUUUCAUUUCGCAGUCAAACAACUUAUUAUCCUUAAAAACUCGUCAUUUUCAAGUUAUCAAAUUUGAAAAGAAAAUUGGGGGAUUAACUUUUGAUACAAAUGAAACUUGUAAUAUUGUCAUCAGUAACUUGAAACGAAAGGAUCAAUGAACUACACUUAUAAUCUCCCCUUUGAUGACGUGAAUUAAUCGCUAUUUAACCAAUUACAGGACAAUCAAAUUGACGAGGGUUAUCGAAUCAAUUGCAAGUAAUUUUAAACACGACUUCAAUGUCUGCCAAGCAACACGUAAAUAAAUCGAUCAAUUAAAUAUAGCCGAAAUAAACAAUUAAAUCGUUUCAGUUAUUAUUCGUUAAGGAUAUUAAAAAAUAAAUCGAUUUGAACACGAGGAAGAAGUUUUAUUAUUUGUGGUAUCAAGUUUAAAAUAAAGGAUCAUGGGUAAAAGCACUACAGGACCGAUAAUCAGGAUGUCAUCUUCCGGAACUCACGGAGCCGGAGGUAUCGAAUGUUGUUGUUGUAGAUGUUGCACCUGCAUACACGUCGAGUUUCUCAAAACUUUACCGGGAAUUAUGAAAGUCUGCGAAACGAUAAUUAGCGGAUUGAUCCAAAGUUUGUUAGUUAAUUAUGGUCUAAGGUAUAGCACGCAUAUUGGGUCUGCCUUUGAGGGAUCUUUGACAACAUCUUCAGCAUGUUUUUUAACAUCCACUGUAUUAUUAGUCUGCUACGUAUUGUCUGAAAAAUCUUACAGACUUAUACGUUCUUCACUUUUCGAAAUAAUGUUCAACGCAUUGGCAAGUUUUUUGUAUCUGAGUUCGGCCACUUAUCUCGCAUUUUCAACCAAAUUAUUUCUUUUACCGGAAUAUUAUUUAAUACCGGGAUUCGAUGUUUAUCCAGCUAUGACAGCAACUUACAUUAUGAGCGGAAUUGUCGGAGUAUUGCACGGAUUUGAUGCUUACUUUUCUUACGUUUAUUAUAAAACUGGCAGAUAGAUUGAAAUAUUAAAUAAUAGGUUUGAAUU